ACAUAGUUUUUGUGAUCUGGGAAAAGUUGAACAGUCAAUUUAUACAAAAUAUAUUUAUCCAGAAAUUUUAAUUCAUUUUAAUGUUGUUGUUCACGUCUAAAUACACUUUUUAGUGAAACUUUAUAAAUAUUUUUAUUGUUAAAUUUAUACGUUAUAUAAAUUUAACAAUAAAAAUAUUUUAAAGAGCCAUGAAUAUAUUGCCAAAAAAGAGGUGGCAUGUUCGGACAAAAGAGAAUAUUGCAAGAGUCAGAAAAGAUGAAGCAGAAGCUGCUGAAAAGGAUAGACAAGAAAGAUUAAGAACAGAAAUUGCAAACCGUGAAGCAAGACUUAAUAUUCUAAAGAAAAAAAGCAAACAAAAGUUACUUGAAUGUGGAAUAAUAGACAAUGAACCUAAACCAUCAGUAGCAAAUUCUGAACAUGUCAAUUUAUUUGUAGAUCUUGAUCAUGCUGUCGGAACUACGAACAAGGAGCAUGAUAAAGAGACCAAAGAAAAGAAGGAAGAAUAUGAAAAAAAAAUUGGAUAUCUUACAUACCUGGGACAGGAUACAAAUGAAGCUCUCAAAAAGAAAAACUGGUAUGAAGUUUUGCCAGAAUCUAGACUUUCAAAUACUACUGAAAUUAAAGAUACAUAUGAUAAAUUGGUUUUUCGUGAUAUAGAUGGUAAACCAAAAUCUAAAGAACUAGAUAUAAAAAAUGGUGAAAUGAAUUGGAAAUCCAAACAAUCCAUUGAUCCUAUCAAUAAAUUUAAAAAACAUUGUAAUAACACCGUAGAAAACAAGUCUAACUCAGUGGUUAAAAUUGUUGAUGACUAUUCGAAAUUAAUUUCAACUCACAAACCUAGGAAAUCGGACAAAGACACAAAAAAACAAGAUAAAUUAAAAAAAAUCCAAAAAUUACGAGAGGCUCGCAUUAAACGUGAGCUUCAAGAGAAGCAUAAAACUGAAUUGUUCUUAUCUGGCUUCAAUAAAUGUACUGUCAUAGCUGAAGAUCAGAAUGUCAAGAAAGUAAAAGCCAAAUACAAUUCCCAAUUUAACCCAGAAUUAGCAAGACAAAACUAUAUGUAAUUUCAAUAAAAUGAGAUGUUUCAGUAAC